AAGAGGGUCCCCUUAGGAAGCAACAAUUGGUAGUAGUGAGAGGUUGUGGCCAAGGCUGGUUGGGCUCUUAUUUUGCAAUACCAACUCACACACACUACUCACUAUGUUAUGUUUUGUUAAGAGAGUAAAUAGUCACUCUUCUUCAUGGCAUGCUUAGAAAUGUACAACAAAAAUAACUCAUCUGAUGACCAAAACAACAACAAACUUUAUUCAAUGAGUCCUAGAAUCUCUUUCUCAAAUGACUUCAUUGAUUCUUCAACUAAUUCUUCUCAACACUUGAUCAAAAAUGAGAGGAGGGAUUCCCCUGUUUCCUCUGACUUUGAAUUCUCCGUCACUAAUUAUAGCAUGCUUACUGCUGAUGAACUUUUCUCUAAAGGCAGAUUGUUGCCUUUUAAAGACACUCACAAAACUACUACUACUACUACUACUAUUCGAGAUGAACUUCUCAAUGACGACAACGAUGAUGAUUUUACUUUGAGGAUACCCAAAAGUUCUACUAGGUGGAAAGGUUUAUUAGGCCUCAAAAAAUCUAAUCUUGGCUCUAAGAAAAAUGAUGAAAAAAGGCCUCAAGACCUGCCUCAUUCUACCAAGGAAGUGUACAAUGGGUCUGGUAGUGGAAGAGAUAUGGACUUUCGUUUUAAUUGAAACUACAAGGUAUUUUGGGGUAUGCUUUUUAGUUUUUUUUUAAGUUUGGGAGAAUUGAAUCAACAUAGAUUCUGAUUUGUUUUGUGUACAAGUGUUUGGAGUUCAAUUCUUAUCAUUUUCUACUAGUACUAUCUUUUA